AUGCCUCAACAAGACUGGAUCCGCGUCCUCCGUGGCGUCGGCCUUGUCGCCGAGCAGGUCGUCAAGAACGCCAAGCCGCUCGAGGAGCAAUCCAAGAAGGUGCUCCAGCACGUCGCUGACCUGGCCACGCUUGUGCCCCAGGUCGCGGCCCAAGUAGGGUCGCAGCACCAGCACCAUGCCACGCCGCCGGCGACCGACUCGCUUGUACCGCCACCGUCCGAGUUCAAGCCGGCGCCCACCAUGACGCCGCCGGUGGCCAUCGAGGUUGCCGCUCCGAUUUCGCCGCCUGUGGUGGAAGCGGCUUCCAUCACAAUGCCCGCGGUGGAGGCGUCCACAACGUUGAAGACCCCGACGACAUUCGAGGCCAAUGUGCCCAAGUUUGUCGAGCCCGCGAUGCCUUCGUUCGAGCCCAAGGCGCCUUUUGCGCCAGUGUACAUGCCACCUCUGCAGCCGCGCGAGUGGACCGAGAAGCACGUGCCGUCGACGCCGCUUGCUCGCAUCGUGGGCUUUGGUGCGCUGGCGGCUCGCCUAGCUGUCGGGACGGCCACAGCCGUGAUCCAGAACCCGUCGGGCGAAAAGCAGCUCAAGAACGCGCUCAUUUCCGACGCCAAUGCUGAGCGCCUUGCCGACGCGCUCUGCACCAUGCGCGGUGCGGCGCUCAAGCUCGGGCAGAUGCUCAGCAUCCAAGACGAAAGCACGAUUCCGCCGCAGCUCGCGCUCGCCCUCGACCGCGUGCGCCAAGGUGCGCACAUUAUGCCCAAAGCGCAGCUCCACGCGCAGCUCACCAAGGCGUGGGGCGACGACUGGCGCGCCAAAUUCGAGUCGUUUGACGAGAACCCGGUGGCGGCCGCGUCGAUCGGGCAGGUGCACCAGGCCGUGCUGCUCUCGGGCGAGCGUGUUGCGGUCAAGAUCCAGUACCCGGGCGUCGCCGAUAGCAUCGCGAGCGACCUUCUCAACCUCAAGCGUCUCGUGACCUACAUGAACAUCUUUCCCAAGGGCCUUUACAUUGACGAGAUCAUUCGAGUCGGCCAGGACGAGCUCACGGCCGAGUGCGACUAUGAGAACGAAGCCGCGAACCAGCGCAAGUUCAAGGCGCUCAUCCAAGACAGCAUUUUGCGCGACGGCUUUAUCGUACCGGACGUGUUUGACGACGUCUCGACGAGCCGCGUGCUAACAACGUCGUGGAUCGCGGGCGUGCCCCUCGACAAGAUCACGACGCUCUCCCAAGAGGUGCGGAACGACGUGGCGCGCAAGCUGCUGCAGCUGACGAUGCACGAGCUCUUUGUGUGGCGCUUCAUGCAGACGGACCCGAACUGGAGCAACUUUAUGUACGACGCGCAGCAGCACAAGAUUGGGCUCAUCGACUUUGGCGCCGCGCGCCCGUACGAAAAGAGCUUUGUGGACACGUACUUUGACAUUGUGUGGGGCGCGGCCAACAUGGACCCGAAGAAGAUGAUGAACGCGUCGUUCAAGCUCGGGUUUCUCACGGGGGACGAGUCCAAGGACAUGCUCAAGGCCCACGAACAAGCCGGUAUGGUCGUCGGCGAACCGUUCGCGUCGCACGAGCCGUACGACUUUUACAACAGUCACUUGACGCAGCGUCUUGCCCAGCACACGGACAUGUUUAUGAAGGGUCGCUUGACGCCGCCGCCGCGGGAAGUCUACUCGCUCCACCGCAAGCUCGCGGGCGCCUUCCUCAUGUGCAUCAAGCUCAAGGCCGUGAUUCCGUGCCGCGACGUCCUCGAAGAAGUCGCCAAGCAGUACCAGCGCUAA